GCCCCUAGGCCUGACAUCCUCCCUCACCCUUCCCAGGUUCAGGAGCUGCAGGAUUCCCUCUUGAGACUGGAACGUUUCCCACGUCUUUCCCACAGCCAAGCAGGUGGCUCAGGCAGUGGCUCUAGCAGCUCUGAGGCAGACAGGGAACCCUGGGAGACUCAGGACUCCUUCUCUCUUGCUCACCCCCUGCUUCAGCGCCUCCACAGCCAUUCUAGCACCCAGAUCCUUGGGCCUCUCCCCACUCAGCCCCUCAGUCCUGAGGUGCACAUCAUGGAAGCCCACAUGGAGCAACUCCGGGGGAACAUUGAGAAGCUCAAAUGCUUUAACCGUCUGCUAUCGGCUGUGCUCCAGGGAUACAAGGGCCAUUGUGAGAGCCUCAGCAUGCAGCUAGGUCAGCGGGAGGCUGAGGCCACAGCACUGCAACUGGCCUUGCAGUACAGUGAGCAUUGUGAGGAGGCAUACAGGGUCCUGCUUGCUCUGCGGGAGGCCGACUCAGAAGCAGGAGCCGAAGCCCCCAUGGGUGACCUGCAGGAAGCUGAAAAGGAAGCAUGGAGGCUGCUGGCACAAGAGGAGACCACCAGGGACGCAGGGGCACUGCAGAAUCCACAGCCAAGCCCUGAGGGCAGCAGUGUGGACAAGCCCACAGAGGAAGUGGCUUUCCAGCUCCGAAGCUAUGCGCAGCGUCUCCAGGAGCGUUGUGCUCUAGUGAAGAUUCUCUCGGAGCCUGGCCCCACCUUGGCACCCAUCCCCACUCUGCCCCGUGCAGAAGUCAUGGUGCAGGCCAUUCUGGGGACCCAGCAUGGCCCAGCUCUGCCCCGGCUGGAGAAGACACAAAUUCAGCAGGACCUGAUAGCCACAAGGGAGACCCUGGCGGACCUGAUGCUUCGGCUGCAGCUGGUGCGGCGUGAGAAGCGGGGCCUAGAGCUUCGGGAGGCCGCCCUCCGAGCCCUGGGCCCGGCUCACGUGCUGCUGCUGGAGCAGCUGCGGUGGGAAUGGGCAGAGCUCCGGGCUGGUGGGGCAAACAGUAGUGGCGGAGACAGCAGCAGAGGUGACAGCAGCGGGGGCGAGGAGGAGUGGCACCAGGGCCUUCCUGCUGUCCCUGGUGGCACCAGUGGCGUUGACGGUGGCCAGGUGGGCAAAGCGUGGGACCCAGAGAAGUUAGCCCAGGAACUGGCGGUGUCACUUACCAGGGCAGCGGACCUGCGGGAGCAGCUGCAGUCUCUGCGUGGGGAGCUGGAACGCAUGGCUCAGAAGGGGCGAGCCAGACGGUCUCAGAGUGCCGAGCUGAACAGGGACUUAUGCAAAGCCCACAGGUAGGACCCCUGUUCUGCACCCUGCCAAUCCCCCUGGCACUGUCCCCGACCAGGAUCUCAGAAGUAUCCCUGGCUCUCUCUGGAUCUCAGCUUUUCCCCCUGUCCCAAGAUAGUCAGUGAAGACUUGUAAUUCCACACCUGUAAUCCCAGCUACUUGGGAAGC